GUGUUUUUUAAAGUUUUACCAACAAUUGCAGAAAUAUGACAACUGAAACUUUAAUAUCAGCUUAGAGCACUCCAUUUCCUUAAAUAUUAUCCUUUGUCAGAAUGGAAUGAAAUCAUUGAGUGUGGUGUUCCUACAGUCAUAUAAUGUGUUUGACUGUUCAGGAAAACAAAAUCAAGACAUUGAGACCAGAAACUGCAGAUAUUUGUAUUUUUAAUGGUGUAAAAAUUGACCUUAGAUGAUUUUAUGAGAAAUAUGUAGAAAAGUGAUUGUUUUCAAUGAAAUAUAGAACUUGACUCAUUUAUAGCACUAUACUGUAGAUGUAUAAUGUCAACAGUUGUAUAAUAAAUGGACAAAAGAUGAUUAAUUUCAUGAAAAUGGAUUGUAAGUAGUCUAUAACAUUACCUGUAAUAACACAUUAUUUUCAUUGGAUGAUUUGAAUCUAACAUAUAUAGAUUUCAAUAAAACAUCCUUAUCAGAAUGAAAAGAAAAUGCAAAAAUUCCUGUAUACAAAUACUGGAUUUUAUCUUUCUAGAGGGUGCAUCAACAAAUAAAAAAGGAUCUAAGCGAUCUUUAGAUUUUGAGACUAAUAGAGACCAAAGCGACAUUCAACCCACACCUUUAGAUGGGUCGAUUGAGGUUAACUUGUAAAUUGAAAGUGUAGCAAAAGUUUUUACUGAUCAGUUCAUUACUAGAUGUUCAUGUUAUACUUAGUCACUAACAUAGUAUUUCAUUAAUCAUGAUUCAGUUUAGCUCACCUUAGCUGAAAGCUUAAGUGGGCUAUUCUGAUCACAUCUGUCUGUCCAAAAACUUUUCACAUGUUUGACUUCUUCUCCAGAACCAUGAAGCCAAUUUCAUUCAAAAUUGGCACAAAUCAAUUCUUGGGUAAAGGGGAUUCAGUUUGUUCACAGGAAUGUUCUCUUCAAAGGGGAGGUAAUGAAGGAAAUGCAAAAAAAGAAAGAAAGAAUGGAUUGAUCUAAAAAUGUUCUCAAGAACCACUGGGUGAGAAAAGUCAAAUCUUACAGGAAAACUUCCUGGCAUAGUGUAGAUGCAAGUUUGUUAGAAGGGUUGGGCUACAAGAAGACUUUUAGGAGAUCAAAGACCCAUAGGCCUCUUGUAAGGGUUGCUCAUUACAUCAAGACUUAUACUUUUAUGAAACUACAUCACAAGAUGGUGAUUUAUGUUUUUUUAAAAAUUAUUUGUAUCAAUCAGUUUGUUUGUCUAUCAUCGUAGCUCAGUGGAUAAAGUUACCGGUGAGUGACCCACAGAUCACAAGUUCAAAUCCACCAGUCUUCAGUUCAUAUUUACUGAUAUAAAUUUUUGAAAAUCAUGUUUUUUUAAAAUCCCAAUUGCAUAUUUUUGGCUUUUUGACAUAUGUACUCAUUACGUAUCAUCACAUCUUUCAUAAUUAAAUCAGUUUGCGCCGAUUUGAUAAGCUUUUUCAUGUUGUAGUGAACAACCCAAUCUGACUAAAGUACAGAUCUAUAUAUUUUAGGACACCUGAGUAAACUCAUAUUGCAAUUGGUUGUUGUCCAUUGUUGUUUGAUAACAAUUGAACAUAUUUAACUUCUUGAUAACUACUAUACUAAUUCUUUUCAAAUUUGGUGUGAAGCAUCUUUGGAACAAAGGGGACAUAAAUUGUAAAUUUCAGGAUUCCUGCACCCCUGGGGCCUUAGGGGUGGGGCAAAAACUGCCCAAAAUUGACAAAUUUUCAAAACUCUUCUUUAGAUCCGCAAAUGUUUAAGAAAAACUAAAUGCAUAAUUAUGUAGAGCGAGAAGGCCUUUACCAAAAUUGUAAAUUUCAUGAUACCCAGGGUAGGGGUUCUGACUCCAGGGUGGGACUAAACUUUGUAUAUAUUGUUUAUGUGUAAUUUUGCUGGUACUGUAUAAAAUCUAAAUGCAUACUUAGGAAUAGCAGAAAAGGAUGUACGGUGAAUUUCACAAGCCUGGGUUUUGACUCUAGGAUGGGUCCAAAUCAGUCAUAUCUUUUAAUGCUUUAAUGUUAAUACACCUAUUAUUUCAUCAGUGUAUGCACUUUUAAGGGCGCUUAAGUUGUAAGAACACAUCUUGUUUUAUACUGUUGCUGAACAUUAGAAUUUAGUCAAAACAGGAAUUUGUUUCCUCUAGAUUUCAUGGCCCUUGGGAGUAGUGAUACUUUUUUACUAGUACUCACAUGACCUAUAAGGCCUGUGGGCCUCUUGUUUGUAGUUGAUGUAGCUGUGAAUGAAUUUGAAAAUAAGUUGACCUUUUGUAUUUGCUAAUUAUGCAUGUGCAUGUUGUUCUUUCAGAUUAUGCUUCAAUUCAGAUUUUGGAUUUUCUAUAAAUCUCAACUAUGAUAAAAGAUUAGUAUUUACUAUCCAAGUGGUCGCAAAAGUAGGUUCAUCACCGAUGAAAAGGAGAAGAAGGUCUGCAAAAUUGUUUUUAGGGGAAAAGACAUAGGCAGUGGAUUGAGGGACUUUUUAAAGACAAGUCAUCCAGAAGAACUAAUUGAGGGUUCUGUAGCAAUUUUAGGUGAUGAAUGCAAAACCUUGUGCAAGAGAAAUUCUGGAAGUGUGCUUCAAGACAAAUCAAUUCAAAAUGUUAUGGAAUUCACUUGGGACAAACUGUACACAGAACUACAAAUACGUGCCCCUAAUAUCCUGAAGAUAGUAUCAGCAAUGGUCAAUGACAUUCCAAUCCAAGUGAAUAACAAACCAUUUCAACUUGUAAUGUACACUUUGUCCCAGAUUCUGCAUGCCAGAUCUCAAGAAAUGUCUUUAGUACAGUACUUGUCAGGACUAGUGUUAAUGCAUGGAGGAUGCACCCUUAAGGAUAUCGAGAGGAUUGCCAAAUUUGGUGCUUCAGUUCACCCAGAAACAUUGCGAAGAAAGCUGAAUUCAUGGGACGAAUACUUGGACGAAGAACUACUUAAGUACAAAACAGAAUGGAGUCGAGGAGGAAACAAGAAAUAUCAGCUAAUUGGAGACAAUUGGGAUAGAAAUAUUAUUCCAUCUUAUCGUACCUCUCAAGACAAGACAUUGUCUUUGCACCUGUUUCAGGUUAUUGGAGUCGUUGAUAGGGUGGAUUCUUUUAAUUGUGCUUUUGAUCCACAGCUCCUAGAUAUUUUAGAAUUAACUCCUGUGGAUUUUAUUCCCUCAGUAGCUGAUCAGGACAUUCUUCUGCAUGAGUUGACCUUUUUAGUGGCCAAUGCAGUGAUUGCAAAUAUUGAGCAGCUGAACGGAGCAUUUGGAUAUAUAUAUCCAAAACACUUGAAGCACAAGUAUAGUGAAUUCUCAGGAAUGAAAACGGAACAAUAUUCUUUGGGACUUUUUGAUUGUAAUGAAAUGGUUACCCAAGAUGUGAUCAGGCUACUAAAGGACCUAUCAAAGAAGUAUGUGCCCAUUGAUGAUGCUGGGGAAAUAGUUGAGGAAGUGUUUUUUGGAGGAGACAGAUUGACUGAUGAGAGAAUACAGAGUGCCCAAGAAGCUAUGACCAAUAAUGAAAAUCCAUUGGAUAAGUUUGAAGGAUUCAUUUCCAAAAUUGAAGAUUUUCAUCGGCUCAUGAACUUCCUCGAGGCAAUUGUGUUGCAAACAUACAGCACCCAGUCAGCAAAUGACAGAGGAACAGUGUAUUAUUAUAAGAACAUAUUAAAUGCACGCAAUGUGAAGGGGAAAGUAAAGAACUCUUACAGAGGAUAUAAAAUGCUAUACCGUACUAUAUUUGAUGCUAUGUGUUGUGCAUUUUUCUUGAAAGAGUUUGGACUUCUUAACUUAACAGAGAGCAUACCACUGCCUGAUGAAUUCUCCAAAUGGACAGGAGAGGAAAAAAUACAGUGGAUGAAUAACAUAUGUGAACGAAUUGUGAACAAGUGGUUUUUUGGAGACAGUGACUUGUUUGAAGAGUUGCGACAAGUAUUGUCUGAUCCAGAUCAUGAAGAAAAUUAUUGGUUCGGGAACUUUAAAGAUGGUCGCUUUUCCUGCCACUACUGUGAAAAAACUUACUGUCAUAUCAAAAGUGCAGAAUUUCAUGAAAAAGAAGUCCAUGGCCAUUCCAAACCAGCAUUACGAAAAAGUAAACAAGCAAACCUAUUGCAAGAUGAACUUUUUGAUUAUUUGAUAGCCCUUUUCCGUCUGUCAGCAUUACAUCGAAAUCUUGAUACGGCAGUGGAUAUGGCUGAUGGCUAUAGAUCUAUUCGCUCAGCUAAGUACGAGACCCCGCUGUACAACAAGACCCACAAAACAAAAUAUCUUAUCGGCAGCAUCCAUUUAACAGGCCUCGUAUCAGGAACCUUGCCGCCUCCUCAAACAGAGAGACUUAUUGCAAAUCGCUGUAUAAAUUUGUCAGGUGGGAAGAACUCGAACAUGGCACUAGAUGAGUAUGUAGAACUAGUCAACAGAGAUACAAAAAACACUUGUUCUGGAUUCCAAACAAAGGAGAGUAUAAUUGCGCACUCGAAACAAUUUCCUCUUUUAAUCAAAGCUGUGAAAAAUUUGGACAUGAUUAAUGAUGUACAUAGAAGAAAAGGAUUCCACAACAUACCUUCAUAUAAAUCUGAUGUUCGGAAGAUUGUACAAGACCUUUUUGACAUCGAUGGUUUUUCCCAACAUAAAGGACGCAAGCUCAAGUGCAGAGAACUAGUCCAGAAAAGCAAUCCAUUUGCAGACAGUUAUAAACAGUUGGUGAACAUGAUAUACAGACAUAAACCUUUACUUCCAUUCCGUCGAUUAAGGAAUAAACAACUAUAAUGAUGUGAUUGUUUAUCUACCUGGUACAUGAGACAUAAAAUCAAAUUAAAUAUUAUGGAGGAUUAUCGCCAAGACUUGUCCAAUGUACAUGCACACAUAUACAAUGUACAGUAAUUAAAUUUUCAAAUGGAAUAAACAUGGAUUUAAUCAA